AGAUAUCGCCGUCGCUGCUGUCGCUACUGCUGCUGUUGCUGUUGAUGGUUCGACAAAAGUCGCGGCCGCAGAUAAGAAUCCCGCGAAUGUUCGCGGUUCGAUAUUGGAGCCGUGCAGCAAAGCGCCGAAGGUCGUCGGCAGCGAGACGCAUGAUCUGACUGACUCCGGAUUGGGACACGCGAGUGUGUUUCGAUCCGCGGUUGGUGCGUGCGUGCGUGCGCGCGUGUGUUUGCGUGCAUGCGUGAGACUGGAUCAUUCGUAGAAUCGCAAACGAGUCUCUCUCUCUCUCUCUCUCUCUCUCUCUUCUUUUUUUCUCGCGCCGAGAGAUCUUGGUGGAGACUGGUCGCUUAUUAUUAUCGCGCCACAACGAUCGACUCUCAGUCUGUCACUAGUCUAUCGACUAACUGGGAAACUGAAUUGAAGUGAAACAUGCGCGCUUGUAUUUUCAGAUCGAACCGUUAAAGAUAUAUCUCCAAAGGAAUGUUAAGACAUUAAGACAGUAUACGUCUAGCAUAAGGCACAUAAAUCCCGGAAUAAAUAUAAAUAAAAAUAAAUAUUGUUGAACGUAACGCGGAAGCCGCGAUAAACUGAUCGUGAAGAAAGUAGUGAGAUCGAAGAAUUUAUAAAAUUUGAGAUACUGGGAAGAAUAGCUGCGGAAAGAAACGUGCGACGAAGAAAUGGAGACGACGUGAAGUGUCGAGUGUCGCGUGCCGAUAAGAUCGUAGAGUCGCGUUCGAUUCGAGAUACGGUACGAUACCGGAGCGGACGAUUGCAGCACUUGGAGCACUUUUGAAGACAUGAAGACUAUGUGAACACGUGAAGAUUAUGUGAAAUGCGAUUCUUUUGAUACCACAGUGCCACAACCGAAGCACGAUUCGUAAGCGAAUUCGAAAGCUCGAUCGUCGAGACGACUUUGUGAAAGCUUCCGUCGCGAUUGUGAAAUUAUCAAUUCGACAUUAUUCAGAGAAAACGCUCGAAUGAAGUAAGACAUUUCUUGAUCUGGUUCAUGAAUUCUUGCGGAAAGUUUAUGCUAGAAUAGUGUAUGCGUGAUAUAUUUUCUGUGAAACAAUAUGCAACUUUAAUGAAGCAACUAUCGAGCGAUAAAAUUGUCAGCAACAAAUUCAAUACAUCAUAGUGUCAGAUAUCAGUACAUAAUAAGCAGAAAACAUUCAUAUUUAGCUAAUGAUAGCGCACUUAACUGAUUCACGACAGAAUUAAUUCUCUAAGAUCAAGAGAAAUUUGUUGAUACCUGAAGAAAUAGAAUGUGAAGAAAGUUCAAUUAAUUAAAAAGAAUUUUUUUCGGACUAUCAUACUAAAAUAAAAUAGGGAGAAACUUUUAAUAAAAAUUAAGAAAAACUUUAACAAUACAUCAUGGCUAAUAUCGGGCGAAUUGUGCCCAUUCGAAUAGAGAAACGGACACUGCAACACGUCUCGAUUCCAAAUCGCUCGUCUUUGAGCUCUUUGGAAGAAGAUUACGGAUCAACUGAAUCCGAAGAUAUGUCUACCAGUCCGGACACAUCUUGCCGCUCGAGUGCGGACGCGGACAAGAACUUCAAUCUCGACGAAGACUUCCGCGAGAAACUGACCGAAAAUAUAAUUGAAAAAAUGGAAAAUUUACGAUUACGACGUAAUGACGAUGAAGAUGAGGACAACGAAGAUGCCAACGAGAACUUCGAUAGGACGCGUUGCAUCAAUAACGAAAAUGUGGACAAUGUGGAGUAUCGAGACAGUUGUAAGUCACAAACGGGUUGUCAUACUGAUAACGAAGACAUAAACAACAACGAGAAUAACGUUACGGCUGAUGACAAUGAAGGCUGCUUGCCACUUAACAUAUGCGAUGAGCCUGAAGAUAAGAAACGAUUGUAUGAUGAAAAUUCCCUGGAUGACGAAUCAGAAAAUGAACAGGUGGAAAAGCAGGAAAGCGAAGAUUCCGAUGAUUCCGAUUUAAUCGAACGAGGACCGAUAAAGCCUGAUUUCCAGCCUUUUCGAAGACAGCCUUAUACCAUGAACUGGCUUUCGCAUUUCAAUGAUGCCGCAGAUGCGGCAAUGGAUUACGAUAAGACCGCCAAGCAGAUUUUGAAAAAUAAAGAUUAUAGUGAAAAGCUGAAUCCCUGUUUAGAUCAAUUAUCGAACCGAAAUCAGAUCUUCGAAGCGAAUUCAAUUAUGGAUUCUAAUUGGAUCGCGGAGAAUGGCGAUAUCCAUAGCGAAAUUUCUAGUAAUAAUACCGCGGCACUUCCCUUCAUAGUCGUUAAUGAUAACGAACAAUACUUGAUGAAUAUGAUGCCGCAGUUUCAACCCGCAAUAAUCUCAGAUGCCAGCAGUCACUCAAGUCCCUCGCCGGGAACGAAAACCUGGUCCGAUUCCCCGGCAAGCAGCUUCAACGUCGUUUCGAGGUCAAACAGUCGAACAUCUAGUCGCGCCCAGUCAACGGAAUCCGCUACAAACUUGGAGUCACCACGGAUGCAUGGCAACGUCAUCAGCAGCCCGCUCGGUUCGCCGCAGGUUGCAUCGACGUAUCGAAUGCAGCAAGUAAUGUCUUCAUCAUCCUCAUCCAAUCAAUCCUACAAUGAUGUGCCUAGCCCAUCGAAUUACCAUACGCCUCUAAAUUAUCAAAUUGUGGAACAGCUUGUUAAAUCCUUGUCCGAAGAUCCUUGUUCUUCAGAAACGAUUGUCAAUAGCAGUGACGCUACCGACGAGUUUUCCAAUUCCUCCAAGUUGUGCCACCAGUUGUUCCACUCAGUUCCUCUCAUGGAUCAGAUGUUGGAGGAAAACGGACAGAUCGAAGGACACGAAGCGUUAAAAGAAUCGCAGAUUACUUCAAUUCCUCCUUACUUACCGUUUUAUAACGAGCAAUCCGUACAAACGUUGGGAAGUGAUCUGAAUUCUGUGUCGCGCGAAUAUUCUGCGAGUACUAUGCGAAACGAGAAGCCGGAAGCUUGUUUGGGCAUAUCCAAUGCAGAUCCUAUCCAAGUUGGAAAUCUACCUAUUAACGGCGAGCUUCUGUCGGUUUAUGCGAACAAGGGAAGCAACGGUGGUUGCACGUACGUGAAUCGCGCGGUAAAUGGUUACGCGACAGCUAUGGAACCAAAGUAUUACGAAUCGAUCCCGAAAAAUGGCCAAGUUAAUAUUGUGCCGCACAAUGGGAACACUCUGCUUGAGAUCGGAUUGAGCAAUGAGACAUCCGUGAAGACAUCCGAGCAGAACUUGCCUGCGUCGCAAGAGAAGUAUCCGAUGUUUCAUGCCAUCGAUGAAGACAAGACAUACAAUCAACUACAAUCGACGUUUGUAUUCAGCGACUAUCAGAUACCAACGAUGGUCUCCUCUUUUGUACCUAAUCCUCCACCAAGGAAUCUGAAACGGGACAUAUCACCAUGGCCUAUAUUAAGAUUACCAAAUGUAGAAGCAAGCGAGAGGCUGAAGAAAAAAUUAAAUGAUGAUGAUGUACGAAGAGCCAUGAGCAAUUUGCUGAAAAAAUCCGUAGAAGAAUUAGCAGCCGCGGAUGAGGAUGGUGACACACUAUUGAUGUGUCUGGUGGGCAAUCCACAAGAACUGAGAAAGAAGAUGGCUUACUUGAUACCAUUGGUCGAAAAAUUGGGCACCAUGGAGGGAGCUUUAACAAAGAUGAACAAACACAAAGUAAAUGCUUUAUAUUUGGCUGCCAUGAAUUGCCCGGAAAUGCCAUACGUUACUGGAUAUCUAGGCGCUGCAAUGCUGAAGAAGGGGAUUAAUAUCAAUCAGACAUAUCACAAGAGCGGUGACACGCUAAUGCACUCAGUUACGGCACGUGGAGAUACUCAUGCAGAAGUCUUAGCGGAGUUAUUGGCGUUGAAAACGAUACAAGGAAAUUCAGCCUUCAACCUGUUCCAGCGCAAUCACGAGGGGAAGACCGCUCUUCAUAUCGCAGUCGAAUCGCAUGCCAGACGAGGCGUCAGGUCCUUGGCCACGACGCGUUUACUCUUGGAGAACGGCGCGGACAUCAAGGUCCACGAAAAUAAGUGCGGCGAUACUGCUUUACAUAUGGCAGCCUCAUUGAGUUGCGAUCCCGCACUUGUGAAAGUGUUGCUGAGCAAGGCCACUCCGAAUGUUGUGAAUGAAAUCAACUAUAUGCACAAUACACCACUGCACAUGGCCGCAGCAGUCUCGAAUACUAUAAGUUUGGAAAAGCAGGAAGAGGUCUGCCGGCUCUUGAUACAAGCCGGAGGCCAGACGGACAAACGAAAUCUGGAAGGAAAGACGCCACUUGCUCUCGUAUCAUCGGAAAGAAAAGAGGCCAUCAAGAAGAUAUUUCGAAGAAGAUAAGAAAACGUAAUAUCGAUAAAAGAUAUGAACAUGAACGCUAAUGGAUUCUGCAUAAGACUGAUUUCUACGAAAGUAUUUAGGAGCAUGUUCUUGGACUCCUUGAAGCUUCUCGCUUUAUAUGAGCUGCAACAAGAUUUGUGAUAUUCAUCACGAGCAAACUUGUAAGACUGUGACUCAAAUCAGAAAAUAGUAUUCAUGGUAACAUCAUUGUAUGGUACUAUCGAAGAAAUUGUUGUAGUCUGUACACGAGUUGAAAGUCAAUAAGAAAAUGUGCAAUUUAAUACGUUAGGAUAAUUUUGUCUAUUUAA